AUGGGAUUUUUGAGUGGUGUUCUCGGUAACAUCAAAGAGCAUUUAGGGCAGCAUAAAGAUACUUUAAAUGAUGCAAUUGACAUUCUUAACACCAAUAAACACCUUGGUAAAAAAGGUUUUAAUGCUGCGAUUGGAGAGGUGGUUGAAGGGGUGAGAAAGUACAAUGGUUUUCUCAAGAUAUCAAACGAGAGAGUCAGUGAUCCCAUUCAAGCAUUAUUAACGUAUCUGAAGACUGAAAAUAACGGUGAGUUCAUUACACGUUUUAAUGACAUUCAGGUUGACAAGGUUUCCGAUGACACCAAGCAAGCUGACCCCGAGGUGACCAAGGCCGACAACUUAGUGACACAGUGUCUCGCAAAGGCCGAUGAAUUUAACGGCAAAUUAGACUUUAGUGUACCUAAAAAUAUAAAAACACAGAACGCAAUUAAUGAUCUUAAUCAUAAAUUACGUGAGAGAGUGCAUAGUGUUCGUGAGACAGUUAAGUACGAGACCGACAGGUUGACUGCGUUGUCCAGGAAGGAAAAGGAGAAUUACGAGGCAAUUGUGAAGAUGGUUAAUAAGCUAGCGGGUGUUCAGUCAUGCUUCAAGAGCGAGAUUACUCAGCGGGUAGAAGGACUUUUUAAGAAGCUGAAGGAAGAUGUUCAGAAAAUUAAGGAGAAGCUGGAAGCCAUCUAUAAAGAAUUGGAGCGUGGUGUCUCGGCAUUGGACACAUGGGCCUGGGAGGCGGAUGGAUUUGUUAGUGACGUGAUGAUGAAGGUUGAAAAAAUACUAGAGGAAGUCGUCAAUCCAGCAGAAAGAAAAAAAUCGAUUAAUUAUGCAGCUGAAUAUAUAAAAGGGCAGGCCAUGAGUAUGCAGGAGGCCGGAGAUGCAGCAAAAAACGCUGCUCAGGAGAAUGUUUCAACGGCGCUGACGCAGGUGAAAGCGAUGAACGACGCGCUGAAAAUGGAUUUGUAUACAGUCAAGCAAGAAAUCCAGAAAGCAAUUUUGAAGCAUGUGAAAGAGGAGAUUCAGACGCCGUAUGAAAAGUUGGAAGGGAAAGUGAAACAAGAUUUGACGACUUUGAAGGAUAAAAUUGAGAUUCAAUUGAGUCCUAUAGUGGAGACUUCCAGAAACUUCUCAGCGCAAUUGGCUGCGACAAAAAUCGCCAUUGAUAGCGCCAUGAAAAAAGUACAUGAUGACAUGGGAAAACUGCAGGAACUUAAGGAAUUUGAGAAGAUAAAAAAUAGCAAAAACAGCGGUGUUGCAGCGCCUUUGCUGAAAGCAAUAGGCGACAGCACGGAUCCUUUUACUCCUAUUACAGCUUACUUUGGCAAUCUCAACUCUAAAGUCAUUAAAAAACUGAGGGAAGCAAUGGAGGGGAUUGCGAAAGGAAUUGCCAUGCUUGGUAGUCCCAAUAAGGACAUUUCAGAUAGCGCUAUUAAGGAUCUCAAAAGUAAGCUUCAUGGACUCGAAAGCAUCGAAAGUGAAGUACCGGAAAUCAGUGCCAUUGAGCAACUCCAUGGUAU